AUGAAAAACUGUACGGCUCAUAUUCAUACUGACACAAAUAACAAUUUUCUGCAGGCAAUCGGUAAACAUAUUCAUUUACUUGAACCAGAAAAUUUAGAAGUGAAACGGUUUCGAAGAGUUCUCAAGGAACGUGUUAUAAACGAGACAGCAUCAAUACAAAAAAUAUAUGAUGAAGAAAUCGUAAAAGGUCAUUUCUCACCAGAAAUUCUUGCAUCUAUUCCAAUGGUUUACAAUAUACAACCAGGGUUGAACCAAGCACGCAGACAAUUAACACCAACACUUCCUGAUUCUAAUUCAUUUGAUAUUCCUGAUGGUUAUCAAACUACAGCUUCUGGUCUUCCAUGUGUAUUUGGCAUAUUACCUGAUCGAAAGAAAAACACAUAUCAACAGUCAUUUCAAGAAUUAAAAACUGUAGCUGCAUCUAUGGGUCGAAUAUGGAAGUCUGAACAAAUUAUGAUGGAUUUCGAAAGCGGCUUGAUCCCAGCAAUAUCUGCUAAAUUUCCUGAAAGUGCGCAUAAAGGGUGCCAUUUCCAUUUUGUUCAGUCAUUAUACCGACGUAUUCAAACGCUUGGUUUAGCUACGGCUUAUUCACAGGAUGAAGGAAUCAGAAGUUGUUGUCGUAAAUUGAUGGCUUUACCAUUUUUACCAGUUCAUGAAGCUGAAAAUUAA